UUUAUGUACUUGUGUAGGUGGUAGGCGCUCGGUUUUGUAGUGUUUCGUCUUAAUUUAAUUAAAAUAGAAUAAGUAAUUGAAAAUGAAGUGGUGGAAUAUUUUAUUGAUCGUAGCUAUGUUUAGUUUAUUAUUUAUCGUGAUUCCUCUUUCCUAUAAGUCGGGCAAUAGUAAACAACAGUUGCAAUUAAUGUUUGAUGAAUACAUACAAAAGUUUAAUAAAACUUAUAAAAAUAACCCAGAAGAGUACGCAACGAGAUUUGAGCACUUUACGGCCUCCUUACAAGAAAUUGAGCAGCUCAACAGCCAGUCCCGUGGCUCUGACACCCAAAAGGCCCGGUACGGCCUGACCCACCUCUCCGAUAUGUCCAAAACCGAAUACAGAGAGCUGCAUCUCUCCGAUGAACAGCUCAAGAAGUCCCCGAGAGAGUAUAAUCAGACAUGGAGCCGGUUCAGAGAACAGCAACGGAUGGAGCACUUGAAACAAAUAGGGCCUUCUUAUGUGAGGACAAAAAGGGCGACUGGCAGUUUACCGUUAACAGUUGACUGGCGAACAAAAGGCGUAAUAGGGCCAGUUCGGAGCCAGGGCAUGUGCGGCGCCUGCUGGGCGUUCAGCACUAUUGGCAUCGUCGAAGCUAUGGCUGCCAUCAAGACUGGCAAGCUCGUGCCGCUCAGCGUUCAGGAAGCCAUAGACUGCGCAACGCUCGGCAACGCCGGUUGCCAAGGCGGGGACAUCUGCCUACUCCUCGACUGGCUUAUGAUCUCCAAAACAGCGGUCGAAACAGCCACGGAAUACCCGCUACGUCUCAUGGACGGCAUAUGCCGAUUGAACAAGAAUGCAACUGGUGUGCGGGUCAGGACAUUUACCUGUGAUGACUUCGUGGGCGCUGAAGACAAGAUACUAGAAGCCCUCGCGACGCACGGGCCGGUGGCUGUGGCGGUCAACGCGCUCACAUGGCAGAACUACCUCGGCGGAGUCAUUCAGUACCAUUGCCCUGGCGCCCCGACCGACUUAAACCACGCGGUGGAGCUGGUCGGGUAUGACCUGUCGAGCGACGUGCCGCACUACGUGGCCAAGAACUCGUGGGGCGGCGAGUUCGGCGACGGCGGCUACCUGCGCCUCGCCGUCGGCGGCAACGUCUGCGGGCUCGCCAACGAGGUGGCUAGCGUCGACGUGCUUUAACCUUUUGACCUCCAAAAUCGUCAACAUCUGCGCGCGGCUACAGCCCAAUAUCCACCUUCGUGCAUUCAAGCAAGGUUCACGGUGACGCUGCGCGCACGAUACGCGCGGCGUUCAAAAGGUUAAGAAGAUCACUUUAUUUUACCACCAGUCACUAAUACUAACCUCUGCCGCGUUGAAGUCUUUAAAAAACCGGGCAAGUGCGAGUCGGACUCGCGCACGAAGGGUUCCGUACCAUAAUGCAAAAAAAAAACGAAAAAAAAGCAAAAAAAAACGGUCACCCAUCCAAGUACUGACCACUCCCGACGUUGCUUAACUUUGGUCAAAAAUCACGUUUGUUGUAUGGGAGCCCCAUUUAAAUCUUUAUUUUAUUCUGUUUUUAGUAUUUGUUGUUAUAGCGGCAACAGAAAUACAUCAUCUGUGAAAAUUUCAACUGUCUAGCUAUCACGGUUCGUGAGAUACAGCCUGGUGACAGACGGACGGACGGACGGACAGCGAAGUCUUAGUAAUAGGGUCCCGUUUUACCCUUUGGGUACGGAACCCUAAAAACUGAAAUAAAUGUCAUAUACUAUGAAAAAGUGACCAAGGCCUCCAGUGCCCCAGGCUGGAAUCGAACCAGCGUCCUCUGCUAUCGCGGCAGGUGCCUGUGCCAUUCGGCCACCCGACCACAGCGGCAUAGGUCGAAUUUUCCAAGUAUAUGCACUUCUUACUCAAUGCUUAUGGCGCUCACUGGCCAUCCCUAAGGUAGAACAGUAUGGUAAGUCUUUAAAAAUAUAAUAUUUUAAACUUUCGCGUUUUGAACACAUAUUAAUCAAGGUAAUUGAAUAAAAUACGCGUUAGACCCGUCUAUAAAUGUGAGUCUUUAAAAGUGUCGUUAAAUUGUAAAAAUCGGAUCACCGAAUGGUUUUUACGAAAUGAUUCGUUUUCUUGGCUCUUAGCACAUUUAUAUAAUUACCUAUUGUUUUGUUUACUUUAAAGCUAACUAGGAAGUGCCUAUAUUUAUUUCAUUAAGGUAGUUUUAGCAACUCCUUAUAUUAAAAGGAGCUUUUAUCAUCAAAUGUAGAGGUAUCUUUGGUUAAUGAUAUGUAAAAAUAGACUGAAUAACGUAGGCAGCUAAAACUCGUUGAAACUUUCCGGUAGGUAAGUAGCUGUUGUUUUUUUUAUUCACUUGUACUUUGCAAUAAUUCGAAAAAUAAUUGUUAAAUUAACAAAUUGUCUUAAUUAUGCUAAACGUGGUACAAUAUACUUUUUUUGCCAUUUAGUGGGACUUUAAAGGAGACAGGGUGUCAUAAUUUAUAAGGUUUAUUAUUAUUCUCUAAUUUUAUAAUAUUUUUUUUCGAAUACGUAGCCUAAGUAAGCUUACCUUUUAUGCAAUGGUAGGUUCUUUAAUCCUCCGCCCCGCGUUGCUUCGCUUGAUCAAGCAAGGAUGGCAUUUUAUACCUCAUUAAAUUAUUAUUUUAAGUUUAUAAGCUUUUUAUACGCAUUUAGAUUUAAUUGAUCUUAGUUGUUGCAAUAUGUUGUGUUCUUGGUAUGUUUUGAUUUUAUAACAAACGUUUUUAUUACACUAUAAGACUGAUAUUGACAUAUAAAACAAACAAUAUGUUUAAUAUAAUCUGUGUUCAUUACAUUGUGUAUUCACUAAAAUAUUACAGAAGGAUAUUAUGGUUAAGGAAAGGUGAUAAAUUGCUUGUAUGUGAUUUUUUACCAAUUAUAUUUUCCAUAUAAAAUAAGAAUAAGUACAUAACUCAUAUAAUAGAUAUUCAAGACAUUUAAACCAUAUUUCAUUCAGAUAGGAGCUGAAAGAGGUUACUUGAUUUUAUUGGUUACGUGGAAAUAUAUUAGUGUAGUUAUUUACUCCUUUCUUUGGACCGUCCUGUAGUGCCUUUGUUUUUUAAUAAAAUUUUAUUGAUAUAAA